AAUUAUGUGAAUAUAAAAUUGCUAAUCCAACUAAAACAAAUGAACAAAUUGGUAAAUCAACAGUAGGGGAUGUUCUUAGAGAAAAAGUUAGAUGGCUUGCAAUUAAUGCAGAUUCAGAAACCAUUAAAAAAAGAGAAUGUAAAGGUGAAUGGUCACAAUUAGAAAAUGCAUUGACAAUUUGGAUUUAUCAUGCAAAUAGAGCAAAUCGUACAAUAAAUGGUGCUAUUAUUUGUCAAAAGGCAAUAGAUUAUGCUAGAAAACUUGAUAUUAAUGGAUUUUCAGCAUCACAAGAAAUUGUCCAAUCACUUGUUGAUCAAAUGAAUGUUGAUGAUGACAUCACCAUCAAUGCAAGUGAUUACAUUGACAUUGAUGAUAAUUUAGAAAUGAGUGAAAUGCUUAAUGAUGAUGAAAUUAUUGCAGCAGUCCAAGAAGCUCCUGAAAAUGAAGAAGAGGAAGAUGACAUAACUCCAAUAUCCAGCAAAAUCACUUUAGAGUGCAUUCAAAGUUUGCAUGAUUACUUGCAACAAAAUGAUGACAUAAAAGUAGCCAGUUCAUUUGUUUCGG